CUGAAGAACACAAGUAUGCCAGUACCACUGAGUACGACCACAUGUUCAAAUUGUAAUGUGUAUUCGAGUUCAAAGAGAAAUUCAAAGAGAAGAUGAAUGCAUAGUUAUAUGCUAUAAAAGGAGCAUGAAGCACUCAAUAUGUAUGGUGUCCGAUUUCUUUUAUCCCAACAUGGGAGGUGUGGAGAGCCACAUCUAUCAGCUGUCCCAGUGUUUGCUUGAGAGAGGCCACAAAGUGGUGGUAGUUACUCAUGCUUAUGGAGAAAAGAAAGGAGUAAGAUACCUUAGCAAUGGUCUAAAGGCUUAUUAUCUCCCUUUUAUUCCAUUUUACAACCAAUGCAUCCUGCCAACCAUUUUCACCACCUUUCCUCUACUGAGAAACAUAUUUAUCAGAGAGCAAAUAACCAUUGUACAUGGACACUCGGCCUUUUCAACGUUAGCCCACGAGGCCAUGUUUCACGCUCGUACAAUGGGCCUGAGGACAGUGUUCACCGAUCACUCCCUGUUUGGAUUUGCUGAUGCCAGCUCCAUUCUGACCAACAAGGUCCUACAGUUCUCCUUGGCUGAUACCAAUCACGUCAUCUGUGUAUCUCACACUAGCAAAGAAAACACAGUGUUGAGAGCCCGGAUUAAGCCACAGAUGGUGUCUGUUAUACCUAAUGCUGUAGAUGGGACAAUGUUUACUCCAGAUCCAACCAAAAGACAGAAAAAUAAAAAUCCAGAUGUACAGUUCAUCAUAGGUGGGGAGGGACCAAAGAGGAUAGUACUGGAGGAGAUGAGAGAGAGCCAUGACCUCCAUGACAGAGUCCAGCUUCUGGGGGCUGUGAACCACAAGGAUGUCAGAGAUGUGCUUGUACAGGGAGACAUAUUAAUCAACACCUCCCUGACGGAGGCGUUCUGCAUCGCCAUAGUGGAAGCUGCCUGCUGUGGGUUAUCAGUAGUCAGUACGAGGGUUGGUGGUGCACCAGAAGUUCUGCCCCCUGAUCUUAUAUAUUUUGCUGAACCUAGUGUCAAAGAUUUUGUACAAACUUUGCACAAAGCAAUUGAGGACAGAAGAAAGGGAAAGUUUGUGCCACCUUUUGAGGCUCAUGAGAGCAUUAAAAAGAUUUACACAUGGAGGAACGUGGCCAAGCGGACAGAGGUUGUGUACAAGCAUGUUAUGGAGGAAGUUCCUAAUGAUUCAGGAGACAGGCUUAUAAGCUUCUACAAAUGUGGUCCAUUGUCAGGGAAGCUGUUUGUUAUAGCUGCAGUUCUCAACAUGUUCUUACUGUGGAUACUGGAGACUCUCUGGCAGCCAGCAAAGGAUAUAGAGUAUGCUGUGGAAUUGACACCUUUACAGAAUUUCAGACAAAGGAGUCAAAGUAUGGAAAGUAUAGACAGCAGUGCAAUAAAAAGUAAACUGUCUGCAAAGAGGACUUGAACUAGUGCAAUUUUUUAUGUUAUCUAUAAUUUAUUUGAACUGUUACAGUUGUACAUACAUGUAAAUGUUGAUACAACAUGUACUAUGUACAAAGUUUUUAAAUAGAAUAAAGGAUGAUGUGACAUAACUGCUAUCUGGGGCCCCUUUUUGCACGAUGAAUUAUAUUUAAUCUACAACGAUGUUGGUAGUUUUCAAACACGAGUGAAUAAAUACGACCCUUUUUAAUA